CCAUUAGUUUUCACCCACACAUCACAUAAGCGAUCGAGAAAGCUCUGUUUUCCCAUUAGCUUUUCAUUUUCUUUGUUUGUUUCUUUCUGUGUGUGUGUGUGUGUGUGUGUGUGUUAACUGUUUAAGAGAAGAGAGUGUGCAAGUUGACUUUACAGCGAGAAUUCCAAAGCCGGACGCAAAGGGGGAGUUGGGUUGAUGAAAAAACUUUUGUGGGGUCAUGCUCGAACUUCGAAGAAAGAAUCUUCAGCAUUAGAAUCACACUGAAUAAAGCAGUACUUACAAGGAAAGGGGCUGAAGAGAGGUAUUAUUGGGAGAAGGACUUUGGUGUUUUUGUGGUUUUGGGCUGCAAAAAUGGAAAAAACUUUCUGAAGAAAUCAUUCUUCAUUUCUGCAGAGUUUCUCGUGUUCCUAGUCUUCAGACACUUCUUCUUCCUACCCAUUUCAGGAACAGUGCAGGAAUAAUAUAACUAACCUUUUGGGAAUCUCUUUGAAUCUUUCAAAUUUGUGAGUUCAGAACUAUUUAUUCUUCUUUGUUGGGUUUCCUCCUCCUCCUCCUCCUCCUCCUUCUCCUCCUCCUCCUUUUUCUUCUUCUUCUUCUUCUUCUUCUUCUUCUUCUUCUUCUUCUUCUUCUGUGUUUGGGAAUUUUUGGUGUGUUUGUUUGGUUGUCUCGUCUUUCUUGGUGGGAGAAUCAGUGGGUGAAACUUUGGCAAAUAUAAUUCUGAAAAGAAACUUUAUUGUAUUUUGAUCCUACUUUCUUUUGUGCUUUUAGUGAAUCAUAAGCUUUUUUGACCGUGGGGUUUUCUCUGUGUAUGUUAAAAGUCUUCUUCGGUGGCUAACUUUGUUCUCUGAACCUGUCCUUGUUUCAUAUAGAAUCCACUGAAUAUGUUUCUUAUAAUAUUCAACAGGUUGGUUCUUCCUAAACAUGGAAUGGAAUUUCUUCUUCUGGGUUUGUAUCUGAUAUUGGAUCGGUUUAAGCUAUAUCUGAAUCAUCAGUGGUAAGAAGUUCUAAGCAUCUUGGAGUUUUCUGGGGAGUUUUCUUUUAUGGAUGAUGGUAUGUUAUCACCAGCUACAAUGCUGGAUGCUCCAGCUGAAACUGCCAUGGAUUUAGACUACAUGGAUGGGUUGUUUUUGGAUGGUUGUUGGUUAGAAACAGCUGAUGGUACUGAGUUUCUUCAUACUAGCCCUUCAAGUUUUGGUGUCAACUUAGACCCUUUGAUUGGAUGGCCUGCUACAGACAUGAAUGGUGAUUUUAACAUGACCCAGAUUUCAAGAAGUAAUCAAGAAGAAGGUAGGAAAAUCUCGACUGAUGAGAUGUCUUUGGGGAGGAAAAGAAUUGAUAUGGGGCAAGAGGAAUGCUCUGAUCAAUCAGAAAACAAUGGUUUUGAAGGUUCUGAAAUGUGUAGGAGAUUGUGGAUAGGACCUGGGGAACAUUUGGGUUCUCCAACUUCUGUUAUGGAGAGAUUGAUUCGAGCUGUUGGGUAUAUCAAAGAUUUUGUAAGAGACAAAGAUGUUCUUGUACAAGUAUGGGUGCCUAUAAAUAGAGGGGGAAGAAAUGUUCUCAUAACAAAUGAUCUCCCAUUCUCUCAGAAUUCUAGCUGCACAAGACUCACUAAAUACCGCGACGUCUCUGUAACAUAUGAAUUCACUGCUAAUGAAGAUUCUAAAAAAGCUUUGGGAUUGCCUGGUCGAGUUUUCUCCAGGAAGGUUCCAGAGUGGACUCCUGAUGUUCGAUUCUUUAGAAGCGACGAAUACCCGAGAGUCAAUCAUGCUCACGAACAUGAUGUACGUGGAACUGUAGCACUUCCUAUUUUUGAACAAGGUAGCAAGAACUGUUUAGGAGUCAUUGAAGUUGUCAUGGUUACCCAGCAGGUCAAAUAUGGUUCAGAACUUGAGAAUGUUUGCAAAGCUCUUGAGGCAGUCAAGCUUAGGAGCUCUGAUGUUAUUGGCCACCCGAAUAAAAAGGUAUUUAACAGGUCCAACGAAGCUGUAUUACUAGAGAUUCAAAACACUUUGAAAACAGCUUGUGAAACGCACGGCUUGCCUUUGGCACAAACCUGGGCAUCGUGUAUCCAACAAAGUAGAGGGGGUUGCCGGCACUCGGAUGAGAACUACAGUUGCUGCGUAUCGACGGUAGACCGAGCUUGCUUUGUAGCCGAUCAGCGAAUUCAGGAAUUUCAUGAGGCAUGCUCUGAGCAUCAUUUGCUAAAAGGCGAAGGCAUUGUUGGGAUGGCAUUUAAAUCUAAUGAGCCGUGUUUCUCAAGUGAUAUUACAUCCUUUUGUAACACAGAAUAUCCUCUUUCUCACCAUGCCAAGCUGUUUGGAUUACAUGCUGCAGUUGCAAUACGCCUUCGUUGCAUUUAUAUUAGUAAAACCGAUUUCGUACUAGAGUUCUUCCUGCCUGUAAAUUGUAGAGAUCCUGAAGAGCAGAGAGUGCUACUCACUUCAUUGUCCACAAUUAUACAACGAUCUUGCAGGAGCCUGCGUCUUGUAACAGAUAAGGAGUGUAGGGAGGAAAAUAUGCAACAAUCUUGUAGAAGUUUACAUCUUGUUACAGAUGUUAAACUUGGAGAGGAAAGCCAGUUUCCAUUUGGAGAGGCGGGUCUCGGUGCAAAUGGAAGAUCCGCUAUGCAGGACAUGUCUAAGGUACAAAACCAUCAGUUAGAAACGAGUCAUCGAACAAAUUCAUCUGUUCAAAACAUCCAACAACAUAGUGGCUUUGUCUCAUUUUUCCAGGGGGGCAAACCAUCGGAAGUCUUAAGUUCCUCUGGUUACCAGCAUCGUGGAUUUAAUUACGAUCUGAAUGGAGUUGUCGAGGACAGUGGGGAGUGCACAACGGUAGGUAAUGGUACCUUGCCUGAUGUAGGUUUGGGAAAAACUGGUGAGAAAAGACGAACCAAGGUGGACAAGACUAUCACCUUACAAGUUCUUCGGCAAUAUUUUGCGGGUAGCUUAAAAGAUGCUGCAAAAAGCAUUGGAGUUUGUCCUACCACAUUGAAAAGGAUAUGUCGGCAACAUGGGAUUAAACGUUGGCCUUCUCGGAAAAUAAAAAAGGUCGGUCACUCAUUGCAGAAACUCCAGCUCGUAAUUGACUCGGUGGAAGGCGCAUCUGGUGCUUUUCAAAUUGGAUCCUUGUAUUCUAAUUUCCAGGAGUUGGCCUCUCCAAAUCUAUCAGGUUCAGGUUCAGGUCCACCUUUUGGUGCAAAGAUGGGAGAUUGCCUGAAAACAUCAAAUGAAGUUGGUAUGAGCAACCUCCAACGUGCAGCAUCAAAAUCUCCAUCCUCUUCAUGUAGCCAAAGUUCGAGUUCGAGCCAAUGCUUUUCUAGUCGAAGCCAUCAAAAUAUUCCCCAUUGGAACGAAGCAGGAAGUGAAGAUCAAAUGGGUGGAGUGAAUCCUUGCGAUGGAGAGCUAAAGAGGGUCAAAAGUGAAGUAGAGAUACAUGUAUCGAUUAUGGAAGGAUCAAACGUUCCUCGAAGAUCCCAAAGCUGCAAAUCUCUAUGCAAACAUCCAGGCGCAGAAUGUGUAGUGCACACAGCAAAAGAAAGCAAUGGGAUGGCGGAAGCAGUCGAAGUUCAGAGAGUAAAAGUCAGCUUUGGGGAGGAGAAAAUCCGUUUUCGAGUUCAUAACCGGUGGAGACACGAAGAGUUACUGAAUGAAAUCGCAAAACGAUUUAGUAUCAGUGACAUAAGUAAAUUUGAUCUCAAGUAUUUAGAUGAUGAAUCUGAAUGGGUGUUAUUAACAAGUGAUACAGAUCUGCAGGAGUGUUUUCAUGUUUACAAAUCAUCUCGGGUCCAAACAAUAAAACUAUCGCUUCAGGUGUCUCGUCGCCAUAAGAGAAACUUUCUUGCAAGCAGUGGCUUCUCAUGAUCAACUUGCAAUGACAGACAUUGCAAGAAAGCUAAUGGAGGAGCCACAAAGCUUCUUCAUUUCCCAUUUUCUAAAAGGACUCAAAUUUUACAAUAACAACAACAACAACAAAAAGAAAAAAAGGGUCUUUGUUUUAGAUUUUUCAGGUGGAAAGUGGAAAGCCAUGAAUGAGUAUGCAAAUAUGUUUUUCUGAAUUUGAAGACAAGAAAGUCCAAUCAACUAUUGAAGGCAUCUUUUUGCCUUUGUUUAAGAAGCAAGCCAAAGCUUGUGUCCUUUGGGGUUACAUGUUGGCAAUGUCAUGACAACUACCUCGUAUGUAAAUUACCUUUCUUCUUCUUUUUUUUUUUUUUCUUCCAUUUAGCAAUUGGAAAAAUAGUCUUUUUUCUUUUUCUUUUUGACUUUUGGGGUUUGUAUGUAAAUUUGACUUGUUGAGGGUGACAUAAAUGUGGCUGAGCUGGGAAAGACUUUUUUGAAGAAACAAAUAUUUUAUAUGCUCUGACGUCAACUUCUCUGUUGGCAAUAAAAUUAUCGAUAAUAUUUAUUGCUUA